AUGCCACAAACCCACAAUGUGCAUGGAGCGGUGAUCAAGCGGCGGCUGCAGCCCGUCGCGCCCGUCGUCACACCAGAUGCGCAGGCGCACCACCAGCAGCCGCCACGUGCGUCGGUGAUCCCGCAAUCCGCCGCCCGCGAGGACACGCUGCGCCCCCUCUCGCGCGACGCCGCCGCCGCCGAGGCCACCGCCGCCGCCGCGCCGCAGCCCCCGCCCCCGCCGCACAUCCCGUCCGCGGCGGAGAGCGCGUCGGCGGCGAGUGCUGCGGUGGAGCUUGCGGCGGGCCUGCUGUUUGCGCCCUACUUCGCAUACGCGCGCGCCCUGGAGGAGCGGCCGCUGCUCACCAAGGCUUGCACCAGCUUUGUCGGCUUCAUGAUCGGUGACGUCAUCGCGCAGCACGUCGCGCACCCCGGUGCCUCGCUCGACGCGCUGCGCGUGCUGCGGCUGGGCGCGUACGGGCUGUGCAUCGACGGGCCCCUGGGGGCGCUGUGGUACGACUGGCUUGAGGCCAACAUCUCCCCUGACAACCCCAAGGCCAUGUCAACGGUGCUGGUCAAGACGGCCCUGGACCAGGUUGUGUACGCCAGCGUUGGCACGGCCCUCUUCUUCAGCGUGAUCACGCUCAUGGAGGGCCGCCCAGGGGCGGUGCCCGCGGUCGUUGCCGCCAAGUUCCUGCCCACCCUGGCAGCGAACUACGCCAUCUGGCCGCUCGCGCACCUGAUCAACUUCCGCUUCGUGCCGGCGCCGUACCGCAUCGCUUACAACAAUGUGGUCGCUAUCGGCUGGCUGACGCUACUGUCGGCCAUCACCCACUCCAAGGGGUCGUCAGUGCUGACUCACCUCGUCGGCCACGCCACCUCGCUCUUCCACCACUCGGCGUGA